AUGUACAGCCGCAACAUCAUUAGUUCUUCAGUCCCGACGUGGGUCCAGCGUGAGCGUGGUUCCCCAAACAGCAGCUCCAGGGAGAUGGGCAACUCGACAAGGGCCCAGCGUGGCUCCCUCACCACCAGCUCCCCCAACAGCAGUUCUAAAGAGGUGGGCAUAGCCGCAUGGACUCAACGUACCUCUCCCAGCAGCAGCACCAGAGAGCUGGGCUGGAAGAUGGAAGGCUUUGCCGCUCAGUUGGAGACAGCUUUUGAUACCCACGCCGAGGAGCACAUCGGUCAGCUGUACCGUCCUUCCAGUUUGGAAGAGAAGGGCCCCAUUCUGGGACACUUCAAGCGAGAGAGUGACGCAACCACCGCCAUGACGUCGCCGCCUCCGCCACCACCACGGCCGCCGCGCAAUGACGACGUGUUUGAUUUCGGUCAGGGUUGCAGAGCCGAUGAUGAAGACCACAUCAACGGCAACAAUAACAACAACAACGACAACAAUGACAACUUCGACGCGGACGAGUUCCAGAUCUACCGCGACGGGUCGCUGAUCCUGAUUCCCGCCCCUACCAACGACCCGCGGGAUCCCAUCAACCUGCCCAUGGUGCGCAAGAUCUUGGCCAUCUUCUUCCUCUCCUUCUUCGGCGCCCUGGCCGCGUCUGCCGAGAUCAUCCUGGGCGCUGUGCUGCCCGUGUUUGCGCUCGAGUACUCUGGCCUCUUCCCCGACCCGGGCAAGAACCUGAGGGACCUGAUCAACUCGGGCGGGUUCCCCGAGGGCUCCAACCCGCUCAAGCUGCUCGACCACCUCGGCAGCGGUCCGUCCGUCUUUGCAAUCUACAUGCUGGCGUCCGCUCCGCUGCUCGUCAUCGGCCUGUCCAACCUGUUCCUGGUCCCCAUGGCCAUCUCCUGCGGCCGCCGGCCCGUCCUGCUCGCCACCAGCCUCAUCGCCAUCGCGGGCGCCGCUUGGGCCGGCGGGAGCAGAUCGUUCGAGUCCCACCUGGCUGCCCGUUGCGUCCAGGCCAUCGGUGCAGGCACCGUCGAGUCUCUGAUUCCCUUCAUCAUCCAGGACAUGGUCCACGUCCACGAGCGCAACACGUGGAUCUCGGCUGCGUUUGCCGCCCAGGGCGUCAUCAUCAUCGGCAUUGGGUUUUCUACCCCGACCAUCAUCACCGAGUUGUCUUGGCAUUACGUCUACUACAUCACCGCGGGCGCUGCUAGCUUUUUCCUGAUUGGUAUCUUUUUCUUCCUGCCUGAGACGCGUUGGGAACGUACUCGUGCAGAGAUGGCCGGAAUCCCUCGUGACGAUUCCCACAUCAAGUACAAGCCACGGUCCUACAAGGAUGACAUCAACCCCUUCCCCGUCGACAUCAACUGGAAAGCCGGAGUUACAGCCUUCCUCGACACGAUGCGGACCUUUUUCUACCCGCAGGUUCUCUUUGUCACAAUGCUCAACUCCAUCGUCAUCUCGGUGACCUUUGCCGCGGGACUUACCGCGACCCCAGUGCUGAUCAGCAAGCCGUACAGUUGGCCGUUUGAUAAGAUCGGCUUCUCGCUGACGGCCGUGCUGAUCGGCGCCGUCGUCGUGGCGUUGGUCCAGGGUCCGCUCGGCGAUAACCUGGCCAACUUUAUGGCGAAACGCACCGGCCGCCGCACCCCGGAGAACCAGCUCAUCAACCUGGUCCUGCCCAUCUCGCUCGCCCUGAUCGGGUCGCUGCUCUUCGGCCUCGCUGGCAGCCACCCGGAACAAUACGGCUGGCCCGUGUUCCUGGCGUCGUUUGCCUUUAUCGCCUACGGCUUCCUGGGCACGAGCUCCACGUCGUCCGUCUACGUCCUCGAGUGCUACCCGCACCUGGCCGGGCCGGCACUGGUCAGCAUCGCGUCGUUCCGCUUCAUCUUUGCGUUCCUGCUGACGUUUGACGCGUCGAAUUGGGUCAUCAACAUGGGCUACUUUAACGCCUUUAUGAUUUACGUCGGCCUCAUCGCCUUCUUUGUGCCGUUCCUCCCAAUCGUGUACAUUUAUGGUGCUUCAUGGAGGAAGAGAUGGGGUCAGAGGUAUGCAUGA